AUGCCGCAACUGCAGAAGGCAUAUUUUGCUCAUCCCGUCCAGGUACAUAUUAUGGUUGCCCACAGUGGCAAGACCUGGUGUCGCUGCGGCACCUGCAACCAAGAGUUCUGUGAAGACGACAAAACCCUGCCAGCCAAACUGACCAUUGGGAAGGAGGAGACGAGCGAAGAGGAAAAUCAAAAUAGCAAUCCACAACAGAUGAAUCCCAAGGAGGAGGAGGCGGCGGCUGCUACGGAGGCGGAAGCCUUCCCAGAAGACGGAGAGGCCGCCAACGGGGAGGCUGAGGCAGCGCAGCAAGUGGAAGAGUCGCUCGAGCCCUACGCCGCCACGCUGCCCAUUCUCACCCUCUGCCGCACUCUCUGUCUCCCCUCCUCGCUGCUGUUGUGA